GGUAGCCCUAGACAGAAGCCCCAGGCGAUGGCUGUAUCUGUUGCCGAAGUCACUGCCGUUACUUACUGCCUGCCUGCCUGUCUGCUGGAGGUCUGAUGUGCCACCCUUGGUGUUAGUCUGGGCACUCCCCAGCCUGCCUCAGUCAAAACAUGAUUGUCCUUCAAAGAUUAAUGUACAUUUACCUCAGUAUUUUAAAUCUGUUGACAGUUUGGAUAAUGAUGGCUCAGCUCCAGCAAGGAGGCCCAGAUGAAAAAGAGAAGACUACUGCAUUAAAGGAUUUAUUGUCUAGAAUAGACUUGGAUGAACUAAUGAAAAAAGAUGAGCCACCACUUGAAUUUCCUGAUACUCUGGAAGGAUUUGAGUACAUUUUUAAUGAAAAAGGGCAGUUGAGACACAUAAAAACUGGGGAGCCAUUUGUUUUCAAUUACCGUGAAGAUUUGCAUAGAUGGAACCAAAAGCGCUAUGAAGCUCUUGGAGAGAUCAUUACUAAAUAUGUUUAUGAACUACUGCAAACGGAAUGCCACUUGAAGAAAGUAACUCUCCCAGUUGAUGCAACUGAGAGUGAACCAAAGAGCUUUAUCUUUAUGAGUGAAGAUGCGUUAACAAAUCCUGACAAGCUGCUGGUCCUAAUUCAUGGUAAUGGUGUUGUCAGAGCAGGUCAGUGGGCUAGGAGACUUAUAAUUAACGAAGAUCUGGACAGUGGCACACAGAUACCAUAUAUAAAGAAAGCUAUUGAGGAAGGCUAUGGAGUAAUAGUACUGAAUCCCAAUGAGAACUAUAUUGAAGUGGAGAAGACAAAAGCCCAAGUACAGCUGUCUUCUGAUAGCUCAGAUGAACCUGCAGAAAAGAGGGAAAGAAAAGAUAAAAUCCAGAAGGAAACAAAGAAGCGACGUGACUUCUACGAAAAGUAUCGAAAUCCACAAAAAGAAAAAGAAACUAUGCAGAUGUAUAUUAGAGAUAAUGGAUCUCCUGAAGAACAUGCAAUUUAUGUUUGGGACCAUUUUAUUUCCCAGUCAGCUGCAGAGAACGUGUUUUUUGUUGCUCACAGUUAUGGUGGACUUGCCUUUGUAGAGUUGAUGAUUCAACGAGAGGCAGAAGUAAAGAAUAAGGUAACUGCUGUGGCGUUGACAGACUCUGUUCACAAUGUGUGGCAUCAAGAAGUUGGGAAAAGUAUUCGAGAGUGGAUGCGAGAGAACUGCUGUAACUGGGUGUCCAGCUCCGAGCCCCUGGACACUUCAGUGGAGUCCAUGCUGCCGGACUGCCCCCGCGUCUCUGCAGGCGCGGUUGUCCCCCCCUCUGCUCCUUCUCUGGCUCACAGCCCUCUCUGGUUUCCAGCUUUGGAGCGUUGCACAGGUACAGAGCGCCAUGAACUAACUUCCUGGAAGAGUUUUCCAUCAAUUUUCAAGUUCUUCAGUGAAGCAGUGGAGGCAAGGAACAGCGCAGUGAAACCAACCCCAAUGCGACGCUCCAACAGGAUUAAAUACGAAGAAUUGUAAAAGGAGGGGAGGAAAAAAAAAAAAGCCGCCACCACCACCGACCUCUUCGCUGCUUGUUUUCUGCAAGGAGUCUCCCAGCCCCUCAUUAGAUUGUUUUCUUCCUAGAGCACAGGGUCGUGAUGUAUACAUCUAAAUAGCGUUUUGCAUUAUUUCUAGAUGAGUGCAACUGUCAAAGCAAUAUGGGUUCACUGGUUGUGCUUCCUGUGGGCUGUAACUUGGAUUUCGUGCUGCCCAUCAGCGCGCAGAUUAAGGCUGACAGUGGUACUGCACAGUGCAGCAUGGUGCAGCUCUAAUUGCCCUGACAUAGCCCUGCAACAAGCUGAUGCCAGAAUUUAACAGCUACGUUGUGGUCCUGUCGCCUGCAGGAUUUUUUGCUUCUUCCUUCUAUUUUGAGACAGAACAAAAUCAGAAUUACUCUUUUUUACAAGACAGCUCUAACUCAGAAGUGCUAACCAGCCUGUGAUUUUACACCCAGUAGCCUUCUCUUUCUCUGGGACCAAGUGGGAUCAAGUCUUGACUCUUUCAUUUUCUGCUGGUAGGAGGGUCCAGGAAGUUUGGUCCAGAUUUGUAGGAAAGCCCUUUUGUUGUCGAGAUUUUCUCCUCCUGCCAGAUCAAUGGCAUUAUCUGUAGAUCUUCUUUUCCUUCCGAAAGCUCCACUUAAAAAAAUGCCUAUUCAUUAACCGGCAGGAUCACACUGUGAAAUAUGACAGCAAAAAAAAAAAGCCAGAGACACAUUGCACAUUUUCCUGUUUAUUUUUAAAUGCAAAGAUGCUUCCAUUUUCAUAUGCUGGGUUUGUAAUGACUUUGCCAUCCGGUGGUUAUUCCCUUUUUCCCUAAGCCCAUGGGUUCAUCCCUGCUUUCCCAGGCGCUGGAGGUGGGGGGGGGGGGGGGACACAAUGACGACAGUGGUGGCCAGUGGGUCCGCUCUGUGUGGGGACUCCACGCCACACGUGGGGCAGCAAGGUGGGGGGGCAUGUGGCUGUAACCACCACCAUCGCUGACGGCAGCUUUUCUCCACUAAAGUCUGUCUGAUAAGCGACAAGACGUGCCUGAUAGCGUGCCUGGCGAGCGAGCGCACUAAUUAAGCUCUGUUAGUGUUGAUGAUGCUAAAUUAAAGUGAUCUUUUCUCCAAUGGCCGUGCCCGCCUCACCUCUGAUGCUGUUAGUGUCGAGGAGGCAACACUCAAACACAUGGCUUUGGGACCCCCAUCCCACUCCCCCCCCCCCGCCUCCCAUAAUGUUUCCUAUCCCACAACUGGGGGCUGGGAAUGGCAGGGGCAGGGGGGGAGAGCAUUUAACCCGAGUGGGGGUACCCCUCUCUGCUGCAGAGGAAAGGCAGCGGUGCUCAUGGGGGGGUUGCAAAGGGAAACCCAGCCAGGUUUGGGUCGAAAUUCUCUGGCUGGGGCGGGGGGGGGGGGCCUCUCCGCACCCGCGGAACGCUCGCAUCCCUGCCUGCUCUUACCUGCGGCAGGGGGUGUGUGUGUGUCCGUCCGUCCCCCCCCCCGACUCCAGCCACCUCGCGGCAUUUAACCUCUCCCCUUUCCAAGCAUUCCCCCCCUCCGGGCAGGGAUUGGGGGGCCGGCGAGCGGGGGGGGGGGGGGUGUUAGGUCGUGCCUAUGUGGAGGGCAGCGCAAAAUCCGCAGCCGAUGGUUUUUCUUCCCCGAGGGGAACCUGUUGCUGGGGGGGAGAGAUCUGCAAUUGUCUCCCCUCCCAUCGGAGGAUGCUGCUGCCUGCGGCCGGCCUGACACCGCCCCCCCCCCCAGGCCCCUGUUCACCCCAGCCCCUGUGUGUUUGGGGAGGGAGGGGGGGGAGAAGGAAGGCUUUUACAUCGCGUGUUUUUGGUGUUCGUGCUUUUCCCCACAACCAGAGAGGAGGAGGAGGAGGAGGCCGGGGGAGGUUUGCCCCCCCGCCCCCGCCACCCCCCGCUCCACGCUGGGGACACGAGAUGAUGGGGUCUCCGGGGUGCCAAAUGUCGCGGGAGAGGAUCUAUUUUUCUAAGUGUCGACGAGAAACGAAAUGUACAAAAAUUUUGCUGUAACGAUGACUGCCCUUUUCUUAAGGCUUUUUUUUUUACUGUGCCCCCGGCCCGGCUCGCGUUACUGCUUCUGUAGGGGGGCUGUAAAGCACAGGGGGGUCCUUGCACUGAACAAAAAAUAAAGAUGCUCUUUUCUCUC